UUGAGUGGACGUUAUAGCUCACUGCCGACGUUAUGUUUGGUUAUUACUUUGUCAUGCCAGUAAUUCAUUCAACUGUUUUGUUAAACAAAUUAGGAUGAUGGUUAAGUUGUGUUUCACCCAUGAGAUUCACGACGAACUUGUACAAUGUCUGCUUCCAGGCAUGAAGCAUCUGCUACGACAAGCCUGGGCGAAAGUUUUCUCGCCUAACGGCGUUCGUUGUAUUGAUCUAUGAGAGAAGGCCAGAGAAGCUCGCGACACUCUCAUACUGGAGGGAGUCACAUAUCUUCCAAGCACGCACGUUGAGUCCACCAUGGGCACCUUGCCUUUCUGUACACCUGUACCGUGAAAGGGACACUGCUUUAGGGAAAGCAGGACAUUCGCACAAAAGGCAUGAAGCUGUUACAACUUGGUCCUCCGUGGAACUUGGAAUUCUUAAGUGUUUUUCUCAUAUGUUUGGCAAUGUUCUGGCCGUCUCACGGAACCGGAGUGUUAAUUGAAGAAGAUACUCGGAAAAUAAUAACUGAAGGGGAUGUAAUUUUUGGUGGGUUGUUCCCAAUGCAUGAGAAGGGACAACAAGGACAGAGUUGUGGUAGUUUAAAGAAAGAAAAGGGAAUCCAGAGGCUGGAAGCCAUGCUGUAUGCCAUAGACAGAAUAAAUAACGAUGAUGAACUUCUACCGGGAUUGGACAUUGGACUGCACAUUCUCGACACGUGUAGUUUUGACACCUAUGCUUUGGAACAGUGCAUGGAUUUUAUAAAGGCGCAAUUAUCUACAAUAGACCAGGAGGAUUAUAAGUGUGCCGACGGAAAGCCCCCUAAAAUCCGACCCUUGCAUCCAGUUGCAGGUGUUAUUGGCGCUGCAUCAAGUCCCGUGUCCAUCAUGGUCGCGAAUAUACUGAGGCUGUUUAAGAUCCCACAAAUCAGCUACGCGUCUAGUAGCGUGGACCUCAGCGAUAAGACGAGAUUUGAGUAUUUCUCCAGAGUUGUCGCCCCUGACACAUAUCAGGCCCAAGCAAUGGUGGACAUAGCCAAGGCGUUCGGCUGGAACUACGUCAACACCUUGGCUGAUGACGGCACCUACGGGGAAAAGGGAAUCGGGGCGUUUGAGGAGAAAGCAAUAAAAUCAGGUGUGUGUGUAUCCAAGUCGCUGCGCAUCCCUCGGUCAGUCAACGAGACGACGUUCCGGAACAUCGUGGAGGAAUUGUUCAAGGACGACAACAAUGCUCGAGCGGUCGUCAUGUUCGUCAACGAGGACAACUGUCGCGACAUUUUGAAGGCGUUGGUAAAGCUGAACAGGACGUCCCACCUCAACCUGCUGGCCAGCGACAGUUGGGGUGCCAAGGUACACCCGGUGUUCGAGCAGGAGGUGGCAGCUGAGGGCACCGUCACAAUCCUUCCCAAGCGACAGAUAAUUCCUGAGUUCGAUGAAUACUUCCUGAAUCUGAAACCGGAAAACAACUCACGGAACCUAUGGUUUAAGGACUACUGGGAAGAGAUGUUUGACUGCAGCUUAAAACCCUCCACAAUCAACAGAUGUGACGGUACGGAGAGUCUGAAGGACAGCAAGGUAGAUUACAUACAGGAAGGCCUGGUCCAGUUUGUGAUCGACUCCGUGUAUGCCCUCGCCCAUGCUGUACAGGACAUGCUGAAGAGUAAGUGCUAUCAUCGGAACCUCAAGCUGUGUAAACACAUCAACAAGCUGGCAGGCCAGGAGCUUCUCUGGUUCAUCAGGAACGUGUCCUUCAAUGGUAUAGGCGGCAACCGUGUAACGUUCGACAGCGUCGGAGACGGCGUUGGACGCUACGACAUCUACCAGUAUCAGAAUAUGGCAAACAACGAAUACGACUAUGUGCAGAUUGGAGAGUGGGAUACGAGUCUGAAGAUUAAUAAGAGCGCUCUACUUUGGAGAUUCAAAUCUCGUGAAAUCCCGGUGUCCAUCUGCAGCGAGCCAUGCGAACAAGGGGAGGCAACCAAGUCAAGCGGACCUUGCUGCUGGGUCUGUAUCGCCUGCAACGAGAACGAAUACCUGAAAGACGAGAGCACUUGCGAAUCAUGUCCGGAAGGCUCACGACCAAACCCUAACAAAACUGAAUGCGCACGCUUACCGGAACUGCAUCUUGACCCCGCAAGUCUGUGGUUUAUACUUCCUGUUGUGUUUUCCUGUUUGGGGAUUCUGUGCACGUUUGGUGUUAUGGUAAUAUUCGUCAUUUUCAACACAACACCUAUCAUCAUGGCGUCAGGCAGGGAGCUCUGCUAUCUCCUCCUUUUGGGGAUAAUUAUGUCCUACGGAACGUCCCUCGUCAUGCUAGCAAAGCCAACCCUUGUCCUCUGCGCGUUACGAAGACUUGGACUUGGAGUCUCCUUGAGUUUCAUAUACGCUGCGCUUGUAACAAAAACCAACCGAAUUUACCGUAUCUUCAGCACAGGUAUCAAAGCCAUGGUGAAACGACCCAGCUAUACGAGUCCCAAGUCACAGAUACUGAUUUGCAUCUGUCUAGUGUCAGUGCAGGUGAUUGGGGGACUGACGUGGUUAGGCUUUGAGAAGCCAUCAGUUUCCAGAAUAACUUACCAAAAAGACUUCCUCAUUCUGAAGUGCAGUGCUAGUCAAAUAGCAACUAUCAUAUCUUUGUUUUACAACAUUUUUCUUAUUGUGCUUUGUACUGUGUACGCUUUCAAAACAAGGAAGAUUCCACAGAACUUCAACGAAGCCAAGUACAUAGCCUUCACUAUGUACAGCACUUGCAUUGUGUGGCUCGCCUUCAUUCCUAUAUACUUUGGAGCCAAUCAUGAUUUUAAAAUCGAGGUGACGUCGCUCUGUAUGGGCGUGAGCAUUAGUGCAACUGUAGCCCUGUUCUGUCUGUUCGCUCCCAAGGUGUACGUGGUCCUGUGUCAACCUCACAAAAACGUUCGCCAAGCCACAUCUACUUCCAUUCAAAGUGCUGCAAACAAUAAGACGAACAGGGCGUUCUAUGGUGGACCCACCCCGGUCACUGCAAGCACUACUCAAAACGGCAGUAUCCAUAAGGACAUCCAACACGUGGAGAACAAUGUAUUUUCCGACAGCCUGGAGGAGACGUCGUCUUGUGAUGAGGGUGUUGCCAUGCAGGCGCCGUCGAGUGGGGCUUCCUGAACCAGCAUGGGCAUCUGAGUGUGAUGAAGGAAUGCAAUAUGUGUGAAGGAGACGUGUGGACGGAAAAGUGCUGAUUAGAUAUAUUUUAUUGAAUUUGACUUUGAAUUUUUAUAUCUACACAUGCUCAUGAUAACAGUGCCAUAAUUGUUUCAAAGAUCUCGUGUACCAUGUAUUAUUCCACAGGGAAGAUGAGGAUACCGUAUUUCAUGUUGAAGUGAUGAUGUUUAUUAUGUAAAUUACCAUGUCAUAUGUAAUUAUGUACGAGCUGGGCUUAACCCUUCGCGAACAGUGUACAGAGUGUAAUUUGAUCAACAACGACGAGGAUUCGAGCGAAGGGGAUGCAAAGGAUAUAUAAGGUUAUUGUGUGUCCUGUUUCCAUUCAAAUGAUUGUCAAAAUCCUGUUCAUGAAUUUGAUAUCUAAAAUAUGACCCCUUCCUUUUCAAAUAGGGAUUACUGUUGUAAAUACGUAAUUCAAUGAGUUUCCUAAUUUGAAAAGGCGUUUUAGUAUCACGUCUAUGAAUAUGAUUGACAUAUCAUUUGGGUAGUACAUUCAUAAUGCAGCAUUGUACAUAUCCAUUUUUCCGAAACCCUUUUCAAGUUUUCUGCAAAGAAAGCUUUAUUUAAAGGAAAUACAUUCUUCCGUUUACGACGUUUUAACCGUGUCACGUUAUUUGUGGCGUUGUAAUUCGCUACCUGUGUGAUGAUGAGUUUUCUAUUGAUUUCACACGUUUUACUGUUUUCGUGUUAUUCGUUGCUAAGCAGCACUUACAUUUUUUGCUUCGCGCAACGAACAGGGCGGUGAAGGGGAGGGGCGCCCGAACGAUCGCAAUAAAGAGUACAAAGGCCA